AUGGACAGGGCGCUGUCGCUAAAUGUUUUUCUGUUUUAUCUUACAUUGAGAAUUCUAUUUGUCAAUGCUGAACUAUGGCUUGGAGGUAAUCAAAUUCCAGAUACCGCUGAAAGAUCAGACGUUACUGAAUACGAGCAUCAUGCAACAACUAUGCAAGAAAUAAAUCUACCUGACAAAAACAGUGCAACUAUUUCAGUACCUGUCGAGUUUUCGGAUAUGUUAGAUAGCAUCCUCUUGAAUAUUGUAGAUGACAGACCAAUGGAGCCGCCAGGAAGUAUUACAAAUGAUAACACAGUUGACAAUGGUGGUUUAUUGACAACGGAUAUUGUUGUUAAUUCUACAAUGAAACAAUAUGACAUGUUUAUCAACGAUCCAUGCAAGACGUACGCCACUUGUCAAUUUUUGGAAUCAAUAAAUACUAAGUACUGUCGAUGUGAUGAAGUAUGUCAUAUCUACAACGACUGUUGUUACCAUGAAAAACAAACCAACCAAUCAGAGACCCUUGAUCGUAGUCUGUACGAAUGCAAACAAAGAAGCUCUGCUAAUUGGGACGACGGUAUACAAGUAAUAUCAAACUGUCCUGAAACAGGCCCUACAGUAACACCCGAUUUAGAAUUAUUAUGUAAAAAGAAAGAUAUCAGGGAAGUUGGACCAUGGGCUUAUGACCAUCAAGGACGAGUUUAUAGUAAUAAAUACUGCGGACAAUGCAACGGUCAGACGAAAUUAAGUAUGUCACCAAUGUUGUUUACAGGCAUCUUUUUUGGACUUAUCGACCAAAUGAAUGACAUGACGCCUACCGAUAGGGUCUCCCUCUUAUUAGACAGCCCAUCUGUUAUUCAUGAGUAUGCGAUGUCUCUGUCGUUGUCAGAUUUGCGUUAUUGUGUAUCUUCGUUAGAGGUAUCGUCUUUGCCGGGUUGUCAUAACUACAGUGUAAAUCCAGUUCUAAUUUUAGGAUGGAAACUUUACAAGAAUUAUUAUUGCAUACCCCAGGCAGAUAUAGAUAUAGAUGAUAGACCUAUUUGCUACGGCACACGAUUUAUUGACAAUAAAGGUUUACCUCCAAUCCUGAGUUAUAGCACUCUUAAACUGUUAGUUAAUUUUACUGAAAAUAGUUCGACUGACAAGUUAUGUUUGAAUGAGACCUCUGGAUUUUGUAAGUUGGAAGAAGCUUAUUAUGACUACACACAAUUGCUAGAUGUUUCUUUCAUAGCAAACGACACUUUGUCCUCCAAUCUUUGGCGCCAAAUUUUACAAGCUUGGGUUCAUUCGUUACAAAUUGACUCAGCAGUGGUCGAGUGGAUGGAAGCUUCAAACCAAACAACGAUGGACAAUGGAAAUAUGCGACUGUCAUGGGUGACAAUAGACAUACGAUUGACCAACAAAAUGACUUACGAAAAGCUUAUGAAGAACAGGAAGUUAUUAGAUAAGGUCACAUGGGAAAUAAUAGUCAGAACGAAAGAUGCGAUUAUUAAAGUCAAAACAGCAGAAGCUGACAAGAAUUUUACGUUUAAUAAUUGGCAUACUCUUAUUAAUUUGGGUGAAAUGCCAAAAGAUAUGCAUUCGAUAUCUGUCUACGGCUACGAAUUUCCGUGUGAAAAUACCAGAAUUGACAGUACAUUGGUCGAAGAUUUCAUAGGGCAAUAUAUACUGAUUGACAACGUCACGUGCUUAGACGAAUCCAUUUCAUUAGAAAUGAUAACAGAACAUGUAACAGUACCAGGAAAUGAAGGAGUAUCAAAAAGUGACAUCACCGGCAAUUCCAUUAUUGAUCAGCAGGAACAAAACAGAGAGGACGAACCUGGUACCAGCAGCACAACUUCAUUGUCUUACAAACCAUGCAGUCUGUUGUUAAUUCUUUUCGUCCUCAAAUUGCUUUAAAACUAAAACUCGAGAACCACAAACACACACACGCGAAAAAUAUACAAUUGGUAUGCCUAUAAUUAUCACAUUUUAGUUGGUAAAAUAUGUGGGUUAAUGUUGAAUGAAGUAAAAUAAAAAGUUUGUACAAAUUAAAACUGCUUUUCGUUUGAUUUAAAUGAUUAUAAAUAAUUUUUAUAUUGACUAUACACUUGUCAGUAUGACUUUGAAGUUGUUAGGUGAUUUCUAAUAUUUUUAUAUUCGCUGCAUGGCAAGUUGCCAACUGUAAAAUAUUGUUAGGUAUAUUUCAUUAUAAAUCAAUUCAGAAGUCCAAACGUUUGAUAAUGGUAAAAGUAAAAGCGCAAAAAUACUGAACUCCGAGGGAAAUUUUAAACGGAAACUCCCUAAUCAAAUGGCAAAAUUAAAAGCUGAAACACAUUAAACGCGUGAAUAUAACAACUGUCUUAUUCCUGACUUUGUACAGGCGUUUUCUUAUGGAUAAAACGGUGGAUUGAACCUAGCUUUGUAGCUAG